CCACUGUCCCACUCUACACUAGAGGUUAAUGAUGCUGAGAGCAGCAGUGAUGAUGAUCAGCACCACUCUCAGCUACAUGCACACAUUGUGACAUCAUCAUGAUGACAUCACCACACUCCACACCUCUGGUAUAAGUUGCUGCGUUUCAUGUGUUUGUGCUCAUUUGAUCUGAGACGCCGAGACAGUAAGCAGCAUGAACAUGUUCUCCUGUUGGACUCUUCCAUCUGACCAACACGAGCCGCACAGGCGGGUAAACGAACCGGAGAAGGUAAAGAAGAGAAAAUGGUGGCAGAGACGCCAGAAGAUGGAGAUGCAGGACGUGGAGGGUGAGAAGGGAAACGGGGUAAAGGGUGAAGAGAUGGGGCAAGGAGUGGAGCAGAAGGUUUUAGAGGACCAGGCAGACCAAAUACCAAUGAUGGAGAAGCAGGUAAAGAAAAGAAAAUGGUGGCAGAGACGCCAGAAGGUAGAGAUGCAGGUGGCCCCACGGGAGCUGGUGGAAGAACCAGAGCAGGUCGUCCUAAAGGACCAGAGGAGUAAAGCAGUAGACAAGGUGGUUCUGGUUUUUGAGAUUGAGAUGAAGAAGUUAGAGCAGGUGGACCCAGUGGAGCAGGUGGACCCAGUGGAGCAGGUGGACCCAGUGGAGCAGGUGGACCCAGUGAAAAAACCAGACCAGGUCAUGAAGAAGGUAGAGAGGCAGGUGGCCAUGCUGAACUUGGUUAAAGAACCAGAGCAGGUCAUCGUAGAGGACCAGUGGAUGGGACAUGUAAAAAAUAAGAUUCGUUUCAUAGAGAAUGAGAUGAUGAAAGCAGAGAGGCAGAUGGUCCAGCUGAACCUGGUGGAAGAACCAGAGCUGGUCAUCCUGAAGGAGCAGGGGAAGGGACAUGUAAAAAAUAGGGUUCGUUUCAUAGAGAAUGAGAUGAAGAAGGUAGAGAGGCAGGUGGACCCGGUGGACACAGUGAAAAAACCAAAGCAGGUAGGAAAGAACCAGAUGGUUCAGACGGACCAGAUGACGAAGGUGGAAGAAUGGGUGGAUCAGGUAGGUUUGAAGAAUGAGGUUAAUAAACCUGAGGAGCAGGUGGGUCUACAGGACAGGCGGGUGGUUCUAGUGAACCUGGUGAAGGAACCAGACAGGGAUGAAGCACCUGAGCACCAGUGGACAGAACUGGAGAAGCCAGCAGCUUUGGAGCACCAAAUAUGGAAUGUGAAGGAGCAGAACCUGGAUAGAGGAUGCACUGAAGAUCCACUGAAGAACAUCUCCGAGGUGUCUUCAAACAAACCGGACCACGAGCAGCUGCAGGACGACGUUCUUGUUCCCAUCGUCGAAGCCCAACCUGAAGAGUCCGGGGCUCUGAUGGAGAGCGCGUGUGAAGAUAAAGGUGUCCCGAUGCCGAAGUCGAGGAGAACCAGCCUGAGAACCAAACGGUUCCAGUUCUUCAACGUCUGAAGCUGAGGUGGUGACGAUCCGGAGAUAAUCCAAUCACACGCCGACUUUUCCAACAUCAAAAUAACAAUAAAGUGCCUUCAUGAA